UCUGUAAUUGCUCCUCAGUUGUCCCCAGAUAGCUCGAGAACAACAACGUGUGCAGUGACGAUGGCGAACUACCGUACGGUGUACGAUGAGACCACCCGGACCUGGCACGGUCCUACCGUGAAGCAUCUGUUCAACCCGGAGGCCAGCAUGGGACAGAUCAUGCUGGAGGUACUGAGCCGCUCGCCGGAUCGCGUGAUGCAGCAGGACAUGGACACCGGGCGAUCGCUGACGUACGCCGAGUUUCGGACGCGUUUGAUCCGCUUCGCCCAAAACCUUACGGCGGCCGGUCUGCGGCCAGGUGAGGUGGUAGUUUUAGCCAAUGCAAACAGUGAAAAUCUGGCUCCCCUGGCGUGUGCCCUGCUAACGAUCGGUGUACCGUUUAAUCCGCUGGCGCCGGCCUUUAACGAGGACGAUAUGGAAAACAUGCUGCGAACAACGAAACCGAAGCUGGUGUUUGCCGAUGCGGACAACUACGAGGUAGUGCGAAAGGCGCUGGAGCGUGCCGUACCUCGCGGGGACACGUUGCCUCCAAUCUACGUGUUUGAGUGUACUCGGGACGAUGUGAAACAUGCGGAGGACUUCAUGAAGGAGACGGGAAGCGAAGAAACGUUCGUGGCACCUUAUCUGGGUGACUCCAAAAAAACGUUGGCCGCGAUAUUGUGCUCCUCCGGAACAUCAGGAGCCCAUAAGGGCGUGCAGGUAACACACGCCGCCUGCAUGCACAUGACAAUAUGGACACGGUUCAAUGCCACUCCGGAGGUACACUUCAACUUCAGCGCCCUUUAUUGGACGACCGGCUUUGGCUCCAUGCUGACUCCGUUCUGUAGCGGGGCCGUACGACUUAUCACACGCAAGCCCUUCAACGAAGAGCAGUUUUUGGAGGCGGUAGAAAAAUAUCACGCCAAAGGGAUCUUUCUACCCACGGCUUAUGCAAACGCUAUGAUGGCUCAUCCGCGCAUGAAAACGGCCGAUCUGAGUUCGAUCAAAUUCUUGGCACUUGGUGGCAGUCACGUGCCGGAAGAGUUGCGUGACCGGAUCGAUGCACUGCUCGCACCGACCGGAGGCCGCUCGGUGAACGCAUACGGAUCGUCGGAGAACGGUUCCUGUGCGAUGGACAUUAUUAGGCGAAAGCCAGGCGCGAUCGGACCAUUGAUGCCGAACGCGAUGGUACGCAUUGUGGACGAUGACGGGAACCGGCUGGGAGUGGGAGAGCAGGGUGAGCUACUGACGAAGGCGAUCGUGGAUUUCGGUGGAUACUAUGGCAAUGAGGAGGCUUCCCGGAGUGCGAUCGAUUCGGACGGGUUCUUUCGAACGGGUGAUAUCGGGUACAUCGAUGAGGAAGGUUUCUUGUACUUGAUAGAUCGCAAGAAGGACAUCUUCAAGUAUCGUAACUAUCACGUAUCACCGUCGGAUCUGGAAGCGAUCAUUAUGCGCAUCGACGGUGUACAGGAGGUGUGCGUGGCUGGAAUUCUAGAUACGAAGGAUGCAACCGAUGUGCCAGCGGCUGUCAUCGUGAAACGACCUGACUCCAGACUAGAUGCUUCCCAAGUGCGCUCGAUCGUCGACGGUCAGGUGUCCGACUUUAAGCGACUGCGAGGAGGUGUUUACUUUGUAGCGGAACUCCCAAAAACCCAGACAGGCAAGGUAAUACGUCGGAAGGUUAUCGAGAUGAUAACGCGCAUGAAUCAGCUUCCCGACAAGUGUUGAAACUGUUGACAGAAAUACAUCUCGCAUCUGUUAUCUUUUGCGUACGAACGGUUA